GCACAGCACUUCUGAAAGGUUGCCGACCUCUGACUUAGAAUAUGGUGUCAGUGUACUUAAAGGGGCAAUGCACAUCUCUCUCUCUCUCUCACGUACAGGAUGUGUGUCUCUAUCUGCCAUGCUGUCUCCCUUCCCUGCAUUCACUUCCUUUGAUUGUGUCAUUUGUGGCUUCUCUGCACCCUAUGUUGGAUUCUCUUCCAAGUUUGGAUCAGGUCCUAGGCAGUGGUCCUGAUCUGAGAAACAUUCAAUAGAUCAAAGUAUUUUAGAACAUGUUCAACUGGAGAACACUUCACUAUUGAGUUUGAGAAUCUAGUGGAAAGUGAUGAGACCUCUGACGGAGGAAGAAAUUGCUCAUCUGAGAGAGAGACAUUAUGAUUCCAUUGCUGAAAAACAGAGAGCAUUUGAUAUGAAACUUCAGUCUGAGUUAGCCUUACAAGAGGAGAAGUUAAGAAUAGAAGAAGAGGCUUUAUAUGCUGCACAACGUGAAGCAGCCAGGGCAGCAAAGCAGAAAAAGCUCUUGGAGCCACAUAGACUACAGAGGAUUAUGCAGCGAGCACCAGCAGCUAAUAAUGGAGAAUAUCAAAGCUCAGUGGCAGAGGAGGAGUUUGAUUGUUCUUUGAGAAAUAUAAAGCUCCACUAUGAAGCUUUUCGAAGUAGCAGACUUUCAUCUGAUGCUACCAUUCUGACACCAAACACAGAGAGCAGCUGUGACUUAAUGACCAAAACAAAAUCAACAAGUGGAAAUGAUGACAGCACUUCACUAGAUCUAGAGUGGGAAGAUGAAGAAGGCAUGAACAGAAUGAUUCCAAUAAGAGAGCGCUCUAAAACAGAAGAAGAUAUACUCCGAGCAGCACUAAAAUUUAGCAGCAAGAAGACAGGAAGUAAUCCAACCUCAGCUUCUGAUGAUUCAAAUGGUUUGGAGUGGGAGAAUGAUUUUGUUAGUGCUGAGAUGGAUGAUAAUGGCAAUUCAGAGUAUGCUGGAUUUGUGAAUCCUGUAAUAGAACUGUCUGUGUCAGACAUAAAUAAACUCGAUGCUGAUCAACAAGACAGGUAGUGAAAUUGUGUUGCUGUUAUUAAUGGUAAAA